AUGGCGUCCAGCAAAAUUGAUCAUCUCACCAUCUUCGCCUCCAAGGAGAACUUUGAACCUCUUAUUGAAUGGUAUAAGAAAGCGCUUUCUCCAUUAGGUUACAAGGAGAUCAUGCGAUUCCCUGGAAUCGUCGGACUGGGUGCCGAGGUUCCUGACUUCUGGAUUGCCCAGAAGGAUACGCAUGCUCCGGCUGGAUUUCACUAUGCUUUUACCGCUCCAGACCGAGCCGCUGUCGACGCUUUCCACAAGGCUGCUAUCGAUGCAGGAGGCACCUGUAAUGGCAAGCCAGGAUUAAGAACAGAGUAUCAUGAGAACUACUACGGAGCAUUUGUUUUGGAUCUCGUUGGUAAUAACGUGGAGCUGGUAACCCAUCACCCGGAACCUACCAAGGUCUAG